GUUUGUCAGCUCUUUGUUCAUCAGAAAUUAUGUUAGGCUGUAUAAGUGGGAUUUCAGAAGGUGGAUUUUUUCAAAUGCAGAUGAAUUGAAGGAUCAGAGUAGCAUCAAGUUGUGAAUGACAUUUUACUUCUGUUUGUUCAUACCAAUAAUUGACUUCCAUUGUUACUGGGUGGGAAGGAAACUAACCAAGCCAUUGCUUGUGUGGCCGGAGCAGUUACAUUUCAGCAGAAGGCAGCUUCUUUGACCUAUUGGGAUGUCCAGGACAGACUUGACAGAGAUUUUUAUUUCUAACUUUGCCAUUGAGAUCGUGCACAUAUCCAACAGUUCUGACAUAAAACCAUGAGAGCUUGGGAACUCUACCAGGCACAAGUCCUCUAAUGAAGGUUGCACACUUCAUGGACAGGAAUCAGAGGGAGCCAAUCAGGCAAGUGCUUGUUGCUAUCAACAAAGACUACUUGCUCUCCAUGGCAAUUUCUUCAACCAUGACCAGAUCAGGGCCUUACGCUCAGUUGAAAACAGAAGUGUUAUCAUUGUAGAAUUUGUAGAUUAUGGUGAUUGGUGUGCAUUGUGUCAGUUAAGAAUGCUGUGUUAUUUCUUGUUUGCCCUGAUUUCAUUCAUGCUCCAGUCCAACUUUUGUUUAUUUUGCCUCUUCUUUAUUUAUGAAGUUGGGUUUCUGUGAGUUUGUGGCUAUUUGGAUGUAUCAUAGGGGUGAUUUUGCACGAGUGCAAUUACCAAGCCAUUACUUUGUGAUCUGAUUUAUGAAUAAUUAAUGCAGGGAAUUCAUGGGAUACAUGUGAUGUGCCUGCUUAGCGGCUCUGUCUCACUCUCUUUCCCUCUCUCUCCCUCUCCUUCUCUUAACGGUUCGUCCCGCUCCUUCCAUUUCCCUCCUCAUUUCAUCAAAUUCAAGCGUUACUUUUCUGUCCCCCCUUUCUCUUUCUCUGGGGCUUUCCUUCGAACACCCACCUCGACACACAGUUCUAUAUAUACUCUCUAUUUCAAAACUCACUCCAUCAUCCAACACUUAACAAUCCUCCCUCCGGUGUCAGCGUUUACUGAUCCUUUCCCCGUCGCCAUGCAUAACAACCACAAUGAUCGCUUCGCCAGUAUUGAAACAACUUGUGGUUUGUUGCUAUUGGAAUUGCAGAAACUAUGGGAUGAAGUGGGAGAUAAUGACGUUCAAAGGGAUAAGGUAUUGUUUGAAAUUGAAGAAGAGUGCCUCGAGGUGUAUAGGAGAAAAGUUGAUGAAGCGGGAAAGUGUAGAUCUGAAUUGCUACGUGAAAUUGCUUCGCUUGAAGCGGAGAUUGAGGAUAUAUGUUCUGUAUUGAGUGAGCAACCUGUAAAAGAUGAGCAGAAAGCCGGUGAAAGUUUAAGAGAAAAACUUCAAAUAAUUGUUCCACAGUUGGAGGAAAUGCGGAAGAGAAAAGCAGAGAGGGAGAAGCAAUUCGCUGAAGUUUUAGACGAACUAAAGAACAUUUCGAUAGAGAUAUUCGGUUCUGCUACAGAAAUUAAUAUGUGCGGGAAGCUUGUGGACAGUGACAACUUAUCUAUGAGAAGAUUAGAACAGUUAAGGAAUCAGUUGUGUGAGCUUCAGAAUGAGAAGAGCAAUCGUUUGAAGCAAGUAGAGUGUCAUUUGGACACUCUGAGCUCCCUGUGUGAGGUUCUUGGUAUGGAUUUCAAAAACACAAUUCACGAGAUCCAUCCAACUCUGGAUGAUUCUAAACGAGCAAAAGACGUAACCAGUUAUACAAUUGAGAGGUUGACUACUGUAAUACAAAGUGUUCGAGAUGUCAAGAUACAGAGAAUGCAGAGGCUUCAAGGUCUUGGAACCGUCCUUCUGGAGCUUUGGGAUUUGAUGGGCACUCCUAUUGAGGAGCAACAGAUGUUUCAGAAUGUUACCAGUGUUAUUGCUGCUUCAGAACACCAAAUUACUGAGUGUAAUAUGCUUUCCAUGGAUUUCAUUAACCAAGUUGAGGACGAAGUCUCAAGGCUCAAGCAGCUCAAAUCAACUAAACUGAAAGAGAUUAUUCUGAAGAAGAGGUUGGAACUAGAAGAGAUAUGCAGGAAUUCACACAUUGUGACAGAAUUACUUACUGCAGCAACAUAUUCGAUUGAAGCUGAACCAUCUGGAGUGGAUCCUGUGCAUUUACUAGAAGAGAUUGAGUUUGAAAUUGCUAAGGUUAAAGAGGAAGCUUUUAGGAGGAAGGAAAUACUUGACAAAGUGGAGAAAUGGUUUGGUGCAUGUGAAGAAGAGUGCUGGCUUGAGGAGUAUAACUGGGAUGAAACUCGUUAUAAUGCCGGACGAGGUGCACAUCUUACUUUGAAACGUGCAGAGAAAGCUCGUGCAGUUGUUAACAAAAUCCCUGCAAUGGUGGAGACAUUGACUUCAAAAACAAAAGCUUGGGAGAAAGAACAAGGAGUUCCAUUCUUAUAUGAUGGUGAACGGCUUCUUUCUAGACUGGAACAGUACAACAACCUAAGGAAAGCGAAGGAACAAGAAAAGAUAAGACAAAGAGACCAGAAGAAACUUCAGGUCCAGCUGAUAGCAGAGCAGGAAGCACUUUUUGGUGCAAAAUUCAGUCCAUCAAAGAGUGGAAAGAAGGCCUCUAGAACUUCAGUAGGAUUUGCAAGCAACCGGAAACUCUCUCUUGGCGGAGCGAUGCUUCAGAACUUAAAAGCUGAUAAAUCAUGUCCUCACAUGCAUAUAAAUAAGAAAGGCGAUGGUUUGAAUCAAAAUGUCUACUUGGGUUCCCAGCAGAAUGGUGGUUUUGCAACUCAGACCUAUGGUAUCUCGUUAUAUAAUCGGAGCUCUCGUUUUGAAACUCCCUUGAAGUCUCCCUUUGGUCCUUACCUGAUUUCGAAGACAUUAACAGAGAAGACAACUCUUGAAUUCGCAGAAGAACAUGGGUUAGAUCUUGUGACAGUAAUUCCUUCUUUUAUAGUUGGUCCCUUUAUUUGUCCUAAAUUCCCUGGUUCAGUACACACAGCAAUGUCUAUGAUACUGGGUGAGAGGGAGCAAUAUGCUGCUUUGCUCAAUGUAUCAAUGGUGCACACAGAUGAUGUGGCAAGAGCACACAUAUUUCUCUUUGAAUAUCCUGAUGCAAAAGGGAGAUUCAUUUGUUCUUCACACACCAUCACCAUUGAAGAGAUGUCUAAAUUUCUUUCUGCAAAGUAUUCAGAGUUCCCAAUACCAGAAGUGGAAUCCCUGAAGGAUAUUAAGGGCAUUAGAACCCCUGGAUUGUCUUCAAAGAAACUGUUGGACUCUGGUUUUGAAUUCAAGUAUGGGCUAGAUGAGAUGUUCGAUGGAGCAAUCAAAUGCUGCAAAGAGAAGGGCUACCUCCAGUAAUUAUCAGAAGAGAGAUGUAUCCUUCCUAACAAGUCUACCAGGAGCGACCAAUAAGCUCCGAAUCUUCCAUGCAGAUCUUAGCGAUCCGGAUAGUUUUGAUGUUGCUAUUGAAGGAUGUAUUGGAGUCUUUCAUGUUGC